GAGAGGCGAGGACGAGUUCAGUCUAGUGUUGUACAGUGACAGUGGCGAACGCCAAGAGACCACUUACUCGAGCAUAUCGCCUGACGCUGACAUUUGGGAGGACUUUUCUUCGGUGAUAAAGACCUUCGAUUGUUCCGGAAUCGCCUUGAAACACAGUGACGACCAUGAGUGAGGACGCUCCAAUCUAUUCGCCCUUCUUUGGCGUGAUGGGUGCUGCGGCUGCCAUGGUCUUCAGUGCCAUGGGAGCGGCCUACGGAACUGCCAAGUCGGGCACCGGUAUUGCGGCCAUGUCUGUCAUGCGACCCGAGCUCAUUAUGAAAUCCAUUAUUCCCGUGGUCAUGGCUGGUAUUCUCGCCAUUUACGGCGUAGUGGUGGCUGUGCUCAUCGCUGGACAACUCAAGCCCCCACCAGAGUAUACGUUGUACAAGGGUUUCGUUCAUUUGGGCGCUGGUUUGGCUGUGGGUUUGUCCGCCUUGGCGGCCGGCUAUGCCAUAGGCAUUGUGGGCGAUGCCGGUGUUAGAGGCACCGCCCAGCAGCCUCGGCUCUUCGUGGGUAUGAUAUUGAUCCUGAUUUUCGCGGAGGUCCUGGGCUUGUACGGACUGAUUGUGGCCAUUUAUCUCUACGCGAAAUAAAUCUGCUCGAUCCCGGAUCGAGAUCUGUCUGUCAGUAUGAAUGACCACCCGCGUAACUGAUUCGCUUCAGUGCAAUUAAUCAUCUUAGGAUCAAGAAAUAAACUUUUGUCUGAGCGGGAAUGAAUGCCAAUGUUAUUCCAUUGAUCUGUUAUUACGCCGAUUGAUUGUGUCUUGCUACUGUACUACUACUCCAACUACCACGAUUAUUGUCCUGGCACGAGAACUUUGCAUCGACCAGGUCAUGAUUUCCCCGUUCUUUUCCACUAUUUGUUUUUAGACUUGACUCUUAGUUCUGACCUAUUGCCAAUUGACCGAAUGUACUCCUGAGAAUCGUAAUUAGCAACCCACUUUUAUGAUAACUACAACGCCCCUCUCUCGCUCCUCUGAGUCGAGUUAUUCUAAAUUGAGCAAACAUUCCACCAAUUUCUUUGUUGUAGCAGUUUAUUCGAUCAUCCACUAUUUAUAUUGUCAGUUCGCAGAAUUGUAUUUGAUGGUUACUCCAAAACAAUAAAGUCAAUUUUCAUAUUGGAUUAAA